CGCCCACCCGCGGACCGCUGGUGUGGGCUGUCUGUUCCGUGCGUGUGUCUCGCCGUCGGUUCGUAUAUGGUCACCCGCUAGGGAUCGGCGCGCAAUCACGCGACUGCAUUUCCGAGGUCGCCGCGCGCGCGAGAGAGAUGCGCGGUUCCGCUUGACACGAGGGUGCUUUCCGCUAAUUUCCUUCGCUUUCUUGUUGCAAAAGCACGCCGCGAUUACGCACGCGGCGAGUAAUGAGACUGCCGCGCUGGUGUUAGUGUCGGGCUGCACGAUGGCUAUAUUUAGCGUAUGACGGCUGGCCGUUUCGGAGCCACCACUCGACUCGAUAUAGCUCGCCCGCGGCGCGUCGACGCGCCCGUGUGUUUACGGUCUACGGUUCGCGAUAACGUCGCGCGAAGAUGGAGGAUAUAUUUCAGUGGUGUCGCGAGGGCAACGCUAUGCAAGUCCGCGUCUGGCUGGACGACACCGAGCAUGACAUGAAUCAGGGAGACGACCAUGGAUUCAGUCCGCUUCACUGGUGCUCUAAAGAGGGCCACUCAAAGUUGGCGGAGUUGCUGGUUAGCAGAGGGGCACGCGUUAACGCCACCAACAGAGGGGACGACACGCCGUUGCAUCUAGCCUCGGCGCACGGGCACAAAGAGAUAGUGCAGUUGCUGCUUAGAAAUCGUGCCGACGUAAACGUCACAAACGAACAUGGGAACACUGCCUUGCACUACGCCUGUUUCUGGGGGGAUCAGGCGGUCGCGGAGGAACUGGUCGCGGCCGGCGCUCUCGUGUCCAUCGCCAAUAAGGACGGCGACACUCCUCUUGAUAAAGCCAGAGGCGUCGUCGCCAAGAGACUGCACGAUUUGGCAGUGGAGUACGGACAAGACCUGAAGAAGAUACAGUUCAAGGAUCAGAGCUGGUUAGGCUUGAAGACCAGGAGCCGCGACGCGACUCUCUCGCGGCACAAAGGGAUCAGUAUGGCGGACUUGUCCCUGCACAUGCACCUGGCGAGCACGCCGAGCGGCGAGACCUGGCGGGGCCGGUGGCAGAACAACGAUAUCGUCGCCAAGCUGCUGAACGUCCGCGAGUGUACCGCGCGCAUCUCCAGGGACUUCAACGAGGAGUUCCCGAAGCUGCGAAUCUUCUCGCACCCGAACGUCCUGCCGGUCCUCGGCUGCGUGAAUCAGCCCCCGCAGCUGGCGACCGUCUCCCAGUACAUGGCGCGAGGCAGCUUGCAUCGGCUUCUGCACGGCGGCACGGGGGUCGUCGUGGACACGGCGCGUGCCCUUCGACUGGCCCUCGACGUCGCCCGAGCUAUGGCAUUCCUUCACGGUUUGGAUCGGCAGAACAGAUGCAGAUUUCACCUCAACAGCAAGCAUAUAAUGAUCGACGAGGAUCUAACGGCCCGUGUGAACAUGGCGGACGCGAAGUUCUCCUUCCAGGAAGUCGGGCGAAUUUACGAACCGGCGUGGAUGUCGCCGGAGGCUUUGAGCAAGCGUCCGGCGGACAUCAAUCACGAGGCCAGCGACAUGUGGAGCUUCGCGGUUCUUCUGUGGGAGCUGGCGACCAGAGAAGUGCCGUUUGCGGAUCUAUCGCCUAUGGAAUGUGGCAUGAAGAUCGCCCUGGAAGAUUUACGCGUAAGCAUCCCGCCGGGCAUUUCUCCGCAUCUCGCCAAGCUCAUACGAAUUUGCAUGAACGAGGACCCGGGCAAGCGGCCGUCGUUCGACAUGGUCGUACCGAUCCUCGACAAGAUGAAACGCUGAAAUAUAACUCGACGAAAGUAGAACGGUCAGAAGAAAACAAGUGGGGAUACAUCCGGAUUUAAUAGUGCCUAAAGAAUCUCUAUAUAUAUUUAUUAAACUGCCUGAAGAAUUGUUAUUAACAACGAUAGAAUAUUUUUGUAUCACUAUAUAUUCCGCACGUGGACGAAUACUGCCUUAAAAUACCUAAGCUUUAAACGGACUAAUUUCUCUAGCUAUUUAUAUUUAUAUUUAAUACGAAUUCUUCGAACGUAUUUCGUAGAAGUGCAAAAGUUUACAUUCGUAAUUCGUGAAACAAGUUUUUUAAAUGCGCAACUCGAAUUUUAUCCAUUUGGUGAAUCUGACGAAAUCACCGGGACUUUUAAUAUGAAAAAAUAGAGUAAUAAUAUUAUUUACACACGUCUAGAGAGGAUAUUUUUUAUAAACUGUUUGGCGACAUACUUCGCUAGAUAUAUAUUGUGAAUAUUACAUAUAUAUUAAUUGAAAUCAGGAUGACAAAUAAAACUAAAUGUGUAGAACUAUAAUAUCGGACUCGUUUAGAUCCGGACGAGUAUAUGUAUAUCUUUAUUAAUAAAUAUAUUUAAAUAAUGA